GUGGAGAAUUUAGCACUAACACCGGUGCUGCUGUUUACAAACCUCGGUUCUAUUAAAGUUCAUCAAAAUGUCCCGGGGUUCGAGUGCUGGAUUUGACCGACACAUCACCAUCUUCUCCCCGGAGGGUCGCCUUUACCAAGUCGAAUAUGCAUUCAAAGCCAUUAACCAGGGCGGUCUGACGACGGUAGCGGUGCGAGGGAAGGACUGCGCGGUGGUCGUCACUCAGAAGAAAGUACCGGACAAACUGCUGGACGCCGCCACGGUCACUCACCUCUUCAAAAUUACAGACAGCAUCGGCUGUGUGAUGACCGGCAUGACAGCCGACAGCAGAUCUCAGGUACAGCGCGCCCGGUAUGAAGCGGCUAACUGGCAGUACAAGUACGGUUACGAGAUCCCGGUGGACAUGCUCUGUAAGAGGAUCGCCGACAUCUCUCAGGUCUACACGCAGAACGCAGAGAUGAGGCCGCUCGGCUGCUGUAUGAUCGUGGUGGGCGUGGACGAGGAGCUGGGGCCGCAGGUCUACAAGUGCGACCCCGCCGGUUAUUACUGCGGCUUCAAGGCCACGGCGGCCGGCGUCAAACAGACCGAGGCCACCAGCUUCCUGGAGAAGAAGGUGAAGAAGAAGUUGGACUGGACCUACGAGCAGACCGUCGAGACGGCGAUAAGCUGCCUGUCCACGGUUCUAUCCAUCGACUUCAAGCCAUCAGAGGUGGAGGUGGGCGUGGUCACUACAGAACAACCUAGGUUCAGAAUUCUGUCUCAGGCGGAGAUCGACGCCCACCUGGUGGCGCUGUCCGAGCGGGAUUGAGGUCCCACCCUGUCAGACUGUGCUGGAGGUGGCCCCGCCCCGCCCUGCUCUGUGCUGGAGGUGGCCCCGCCCCGCCCCGCCCCGCCCUGCUCUGUGCUGUGUAUUUACGCUUUCUUGUCCAACACUUCAAUAAAAUGGAACCUUUUUCA